ACGCAUCCACGGCUGAUGGGCUCCAGGUCACGCAGUCUGGCCCGGGGCGGCUGCUCAGAGCAGGAAAGAGCCGGGGCCCGGGAAAAGGAACGGGACCAGAACCGAGAAAGGGAGCAGGAUUGGGGGUGCUCGUGGUCUCGGAGCCAUGGGCGGUGGCACCACAGCUGGAGCAAGAGCCGGAGCCAGGGCCAACGCCGGGAGCCGAGCUCAGGCUCGGACUCUGGCGCUGAGAGACAGAAAUGGAGAAAGAAGAAAAGAAACAGCAGCUGGGACCGGCACUGUAAGGACCAGAGGAAACAGCGCUCACGGUCCUGCGGCUGCUCCUCCAGCUCCAGCCCAGAGCACAGGCGGGACAGGGCAGCAGGGAGCCGGGAGCGCUGCUGCAGGAGGGAUGGAUCCAAGUCCUCUGCGUCCUCUGUCAGCUCCCCCUCCCUGCUGCAGCCCCAGGGCCAGGAGGUGCUGGGGCAGCAGCUGAGCCUGCAAGAGAGGCUGAAGCUGAAGGAGGAGAAGAAGAAACAGGCAGCUCUGCUGAAGGCCCUGGAGACACCUGAGGAGAAGCGAGCACGGAGGUUGGCGAAGAAGGAGGCCAAGGAGAGAAAGAAGCGGGAGAAGAUGGGCUGGGGUGAGGAGUACAUGGGCUACACCAACACCGACAAUCCCUUUGGGGACAACAACCUGCUGGGAACUUUCAUCUGGAGCAAGGCACUGGAAAAGAAAGGGAUCAGCCAUCUGGAUGAGAAGGACCUGAAGGAGAGGAACAAGCGAAUCCAGGAGGACAAUCGCCUGGAGCUGCAGAAGGUGAAGCAGCUGCGCCUGGAGCGGGAACGGGAAAAAGCCAUGCGGGAGCAGGAGCUGGAGAUGUUGCAGCGGGAGAAAGAGGCACAGCACUUUAAAACCUGGGAAGAGCAGGAGGACAACUUCCACCUGCAGCAGGCCAAGCUGCGGUCUAAGAUUCGAAUUCGGGAUGGGAGGGCAAAACCUAUUGAUCUUCUGGCCAAGUACAUCAGCACAGAGGACGAUGACCUGGCUGUGGAGAUGCACGAGCCCUACACCUUGCUAAAUGGCCUGACUGUCUCCGACAUGGAAGACCUGGUGGAGGACAUCCAGGUGUACAUGAAGUUGGAGCAAGGGAAGAACGUGGACUUCUGGAGGGACAUGACCAUCAUCACAGAGGAUGAGAUAGCCAAGCUCCGCAAGCUGGAGGCCUCCAGGAAAGGAGGACCAGGGCAGUGCCGGGAUGGUGUCAAUGCCUCAGUCAUCUCAGAUGUGCAGUCUGUGUUCAAGGGGAAGACAUACAACCAGCUGCGAGCUCUGUACCAGGGCAUAGAGAGCAAGAUCCAGGUGGGAGGGCCCAACGUGGACAUCGGGUACUGGGAGAGCCUCCUGCAGCAGCUGAAGGCUUAUAUGGCUCAGGCCAGGUUGCGGGAACGGCACCAGGACUUGCUGCAUCAGAAGCUGUACAAGCUGAAGCAGGAGCAGGGUGUACAGAGUGAACCACUCUUCCCCAUCAUCAAGCAGGAGCCAGCUUCCCCCAGUGACAGUCCUCUCUUCUCCCUUACAUGCAGGCUGGACCCCAAGAAGAGCCUUGAGGCACAGCCAGGGCCAUCCUCAGAGGCAGAGCAGGACACGGAGGCCAAGGGAGAGGCAGAGGGGGAGGCCGUGCUGAUGGAAGAGGAUCUGAUCCAGCAGAGUAUGGAUGACUAUGACGCGGGCAAGUACAGCCCCCGGCUGCUGUGCCCCAACGAGCUGCCCUUCAAUGCCCACGUGCUGGAGGCCGAGGAGGACACGCGCCGGCUGCUGCUCCUGCGUCAGCAGCUCCAGGUGACAGGUGAUGCUUCCAAGAGCACCGAUGACAUCUUCUUCCAUAAGGCCAAGGAGGGUAUGGGCACGGACGAGGCGCAGUUCAGUGUGGAGAUGCCGCUCACGAGCGAGGCCUAUCUAUGGGCUGACAAGUACCGGCCACGCAAGCCCCGCUUCUUCAACCGUGUGUACACAGGCUUCGAGUGGAACAAGUACAACCAGACACACUACGACUCUGACAACCCUCCCCCCAAGACUGUGCAGGGCUAUAAGUUCAACAUCUUCUACCCCGACCUCAUUGAGAAGCGCUCAACACCCAAGUACUUCCUGGAGGCCUGCCAGGACAACAAGGACUUUGCCACCUUGCGCUUCCAUGCCGGGCCACCCUAUGAGGACAUCGCCUUCAAGAUUGUCAACAGGGAGUGGGAGUAUUCCCACCGCCACGGCUUCCGCUGCCAGUUUGCCAACGGCAUCUUCCAGCUCUGGUUCCACUUCAAGCGUUACCGUUACCGCCGGUGAGGGGCUGUUCAGCGCCCUUGGACUGGCAGGGGUGGGUGAGGGGUCUCAUCCCACAGCACAGACACUAUUCCAUGGAUGUCCCCGAGGCCUGGCCCAGCACUGGGCAUGUUCCUGAGACUCUUCUCUGUCUUUGCAUUUAUCAUGGAGGACCCUGAGACUUAGGUAUAAAUAAAAUAAAGGCUGUUUUAGCCAUGAGAUCCUGAAAAAAAGCAAAAACCAACAAACCAACAAAACAAAAAGAAAUUAAAGAAAAAAAAAAGAAGAAAAAAAGAAGGAACAAAAACCCAACGGCACUGCAGCAGCCAAGUUGGGAUGGGGGGAGACUUGCUGCGCCACCCCAUAUCUACAACAGGUCUUAGAUAAACAGCAAUACCUUACUCACAGCUGGCUGCAAUCUUCCUUUUGCAACUUUGUAUAUUCUACAUCCUGUGUGGACGCCCAAUCCCAGGUUCAGCUUGGCUCAUUUCAACUUCUUCAUUCAUGACAGGCUGUUCAUCCACAUCGUCCACAUCUUUGGGGUCACUGUAUGUUGUAAUGAAUCACCGUGGACUCAGUUUCUUCAUGCAGGAAAAGCCAAAUCUUUAUUCACACAACUCAUUUAAUACAGUUUUCACAGACCUUGUGUGGGCUGUCUUACUUUUUUUAUCAUUUUUCUCUGCCACCACGGGGUCUGAGCAGAACACUACCUAUGCUCCUGCACUAUCAACCACUUGACCCAAUGCCCUAAAGUCCCUUUUUAUUGCCCUGACACUGCUGUGGAAGGCAGCCUGCAAAAGGCUGUGUCCUCUGGGAACAGGGUCCACCCACUGAGACAUCCCUGCCAGUCAGUCUUGUGUUAUCCUCUGCUGGCAUCCUUUGCCAUGCAAGCUAGGGGCUUUUCUUCCCUGCCUCCAAAUCCAGGGCUGUCUUUGAUUACAAUGUAAGAUGUAACUGAGAGUAUGUAUUCUACCACCAUCUUCAUAAGCUGUUAAAGCAGGUGGGGCAGUGUUCCUUAUCUCCUUCAUGACUCAUUCCUGAUAACACCAGGGCUAUCUUCUGUUAAUGGGCCCAUUAACAUGUUAACCAUCCCAUUGUGAAAUGCUUACAGGUCCAACAC